ACCCACGGAAGACGAAGACGAAGAAGAAGAAGAAGAAGAAGCAGAAGAAGAAGAAGCAGAAGAAGAAGAAUUCAAACUGAUUCGGCUCCAAGCGCACAGCUCGUAUUCUGUGGAUAAAGAUGUCAGCUACAGAUGGUGAGAUUCAGACAUUAAGGCAGAAGGUGGAAGAGACAGAAGUAGCUCUUCAAAAAGCAGCUCAGUAUGGACUACAGCUCUUGGACGACAAAAUGGAUCUGCAAAAUAAGUUGGAAGAGCAGCGAAUUGAAAUGACUGCAGUAAUAGAGGUCCUUGAGCAAGAGAAAUACUCCCUGCAGAGAGAGGUGGAGCUAAAGGGACGAAUGCUGGACAGCCUUCAUUCAGAAUUUGAUUAUGUAAAAAACCAACAGAAACAUUUGUUGGAGCAGCAACAAACAAUGUUGGAGAGGAACCAUGCAGUGGAACUCUGUGACUUCAAGAGCAAGGUGGAGAAAAUAAAAGCUGACCUGGAUGAGGCUCGGCUCCUUGAAAAACAGAUGAGACACAAGCUGGAGUUGCAGUCUCAAACCUUAAGCUGUAAAACAGAGGAGCUCCGCAAACUAAUGGAAUGUUCACAUGAUACCAGGUCCUCAGAAAUAGCAGAGCUGCAAAUGAAGAAGAUGGACCUGGAAUCAUCUGUGACUACCUUAAAGCGGGAGCUUCAGGAAUCAGACUACAAAGGACAGCAGCUUCAGCUGACUGUUACCAUCAUCCAGAGGCAGCUGGAGGCAAUGACGAGCCUUAAGGAAGAAAAAGACAAAGAAGUUGAGUCGCUGUACAAUGCUUUGGAGAAAUCCAGGGAAGCCAACCAAGACCUUCAGAUUCAGUUGGAACAGGCAUUGCAGCAGAUGCAAGAUCCAAACAGCAAAGGCAAUUCCUUAUUCUCUGAGGUAGAGGACAGGCGUGUGGAAAUGGAGAGGCAGCUGAUCAGCGUGAAAGUGCAGUACCAGUCUCUUCAAAAGCAGCAUGCUUUCACCAAACAACAGAUGCUUCGCAUGAAGGUGCAGAUAUCUAACCUUAUGCAGCUUCAAGGUGUUAGAGCUGACCCAGCCCAGCUUGAGCGCCUACAGUUUAUGUUGUCAGAAAAGAACAGUGAGAUAGAAACCUUGAUGAGGAAAGUGCAACAGCUGGAAAAGGUAGAGAUGACACUUGAGGACCAGUCCUCCACUGGCACUUCCAAGCCAAAUGAGUUUGUAGAUGAGACAUACUACACAGACCUACUGAAAAUGCAGCUCUCAAGUUCAAAGAAAGUUGCAGAAACAUUGAAAGAUGAGUUGUCCAUGGCAAGACUGAAGGCUCUAUCUGAGAGUCACAGAGUGCUUGAGUUAGAGCGGAAACUCUUUGGAGCCGAAAAUGCCUUGAAGCAAGGUCAAAGUGACAAUAUCAAGCUGCAGGUGAAACUUGAGGAACUACAGAUGAAAUAUGAGCCUGAAGCGGUGAAUAGGGCACGGGCUCAGAAGCGUAAACGAGAGAAAUUUCCAGCAAACCCCCCUGAAGAAAGGUCUGACCACUGCACCAUGGAAACUCCAGCCACGGACAAUAACCCAGUCAAGAUUCCAGACAUGACUGCAGAAACCCCUCCUUGUUCAACUAAGAACCCACCAGCUAAAGCACAAGCUCCAGACUGUAGCUCUGUCUUGCUUGAUGGCAGUAAAUGUGUUCGCAUCUGUGAGGACACCCAAAUAUCUUUGCCUGAGCCUCCAAAGUCUUCCGUGGCAGACUGCAGUAGCAUGGCUGAGCAGCAGAUUCUUAAGUGUGAUGAAGAACAGGAAAACUGGAGAGCAGUGGAAAGAAAGUACCACAUGCCUGUACACGUUGAUCCAGAGAAUACCAUGGAAAGACAGUGUGCUCAACAGUAAUGGAAAAUUGACUCUUUUUGCAUAAAAACAUGAUUUACAAGUGUAUGUAAAUGUUUGUGGUGCAUCAUUGAAUUUUUAUCUCUGAGUAAUAAACAUAUAUAGUAUUUUACCUUGUUAUAAGUCAUUAAUUACCACAGUAAAAUUGAGAUAAGAUAGAUUAACGGAUUACCUUCUGUGGUGAAUGGCCAGUUUAUUAAGUUCACACCCAUGUAUGUACAUUCUUUGUCCAUUGCAUCAACUCCAUUAACCAUAUAGGUGCACCCUGUGCGUUAGUUAUGCGUGUACGAGUGGAUUUGAGCAGUGCUAAUGGAGUUCUUGUUGUUGCAAUUGUACUGGAGUUGUUGUUUUGUUAAUGACCCAUGCCCUCAGAGGUUUUCAGUCAUGUUUUUAGUACGGUAAUGGAAUGAAUACAAAAAAAAAUCUCUUUGAAUGUCA